AUGUUAGGUGUCUUAAGACCAUUGCUAAUCGCGAGACUGAUCGCAGGCGUGAAAAAGCACAGGAACUACUCGACAGGAUUUACGAGAUCCUCUGACGUUCAAGGUUCCGAGCCGAGUCACGAAGCCAGUGUUGGAGCGUAUAUGACUUACGAGGUCGUCUUACGUUCAAGGUUACGAGCCGAUCUGACACUGGCCCUGCUGGGGCGUAUACGACUUACGAGGUCGUCUUACGUUCAAGGCUUCGAGCCGACCUGGCAGGAAGAAAAAAUAGAUAGGACAUCAAGAAGUUGGGAUAAAGAACGUUCUUAUAAGAAUAAAUCAGCCGAACCUUCAGUUCACGUCCACCAUCCAACGUUUAUAGGAGGAGGGACUGUUAGUGGGAUUAUAAACUCUGAAACUUUCAUUUCCGGAUCAUCAGAAAAGGAUCAGAAAAAGGCACAGGAUCCAGUUGACAAUAUCAGCGCCUUCUUCAAAGAUCCCUCUGGCGUAAAGGUAACAAAUUUUAUUGAGAAACUUCGGGAAUUAAGUGACGACUCAGGAAUAAUAAGUGACGACUCCAAAAAAACAUUCAAUGAAGAGGUUAAAGUCGAAUAUGAAUCGCAGAACUCUCCUUCCGUAUCUGACGAUGACGAUUCGAAUUAUAUGCCAAGCGACACUGACGAAUCGGCUUCUGACACCGAUGCAUCUGAGGACAAUAUAAAUGGGAAGGAUCUCCCAAAAAUUGACAAGACGGCUUUUUGUAAGACCUAUUAUGCUAUUCCAAACUCUACAAAGUUGCAGUUGAGCACAGGCAGGAUAGUGGAAGACAUCCUUUUUGAAUUUGCUGAAGACAUGGACUAUGAACACCAUGCCCAUUCUUAUAUUGUGGACUUUGAUGACGAGAUUGUCAGAGCGUUAUUCACCGAUAAGGAGUGGAGCGAACUAAUUAAAGAUCGAAAUGGGGUUCCUUCUGUUCCACGUGAUAUUGCAGAAGAGCUAUCGAAGUACGGAAGUAAAACAUUAAAAGAGUUACGUACGAAAGUGAUGAAAACAUACCUUAAGGAUGACGAAGAAUAUGAUGUUCAAAAGCAUUAUAAUCGAGAAUGGAUUCAAAUGACCAUGCGAACACUUUGUAAUCUGUUCGAAAAUAUAGAUACCCCCUUAGUAAGGACCCAAUAUGAAGAUUGGUUCACGGUCGCGCUUUUUGGAACAUGUAUUGAUUUCUGUGUCAGGGACGCGCAAUUGGGAACCGACAUUAAGAGGACCGAUGCACCAUCAUUGAGUAGUGCCAACAGAAAGAAUCGGCGUCGGAAAGCAAACGCAAGAAAACUCAUUGGUCGCAAAAUCGAUGGAAUAAUAUAUAUAACUAAUAGACUUGUUGAAAUUGGUGCCAUUGAAGGUGCAAGGGCUUUUGCGGGAGUUUCAGAUAACAAAUAUCUCUCGAGUCAUUCAAGAUGCCCAAAACACUUCGAGAUAUGUAUUCUGAUUUAA